GGGCCUGCCAACCAACAGCCUUGCCAGGACCUGUCUUGCUUUCAUUCCUCUCAUGUUAUCUCUAGACUGUGGACUCAUUGAGGACAUGACUUGUCCUCAAUGCUGAAGCUCUCUGAUGGAAAACUGUCUCCCUCCCCCAGGGCUGGCCCUGCUGGGCUUCCUGGUGCUGCUGCCCAUGACCAUGCCCUGGGGUCAGCUGGGCAAGGAUGGCUGGCUGGGGGGCACACACUGUGUGGCCUGCCUGGCACCCCCUGCUGGCUCUGUGCUCUAUCACCUCUUCAUGUGCCACAAAGGGGGCAGCCCUGUGUACACCCGGCUCCUUGCUCUGGAUAUGUGUGGGGUCUGCCUCGUCAACACUCUCGGGGCCCUGCCCAUCAUCCACUGCACCCUGGCCUGCAGGCCCUGGCUGCGCCCAGCUGCCCUGGUAGGCUACACCGUGUUGUCGGGUGUGACUGGCUGGCGGGCCCUCACCGCCCCUUCCACUGGUGCCCGGCUCCGUGCCUUUGGCUGGCAGGCUGGUGCCCGCCUUCUGGUGUUUGGGGCCCGGGGAAUGGGGCUGGGCUCGGGGGCUCCAGGCUCCCUCCCCUGCUACCUACGCAUGGAUGCACUGGCACUACUCGGGGGCCUGGUGAACGUGGCCCGCCUGCCGGAGCGCUGGGGACCUGGCCGCUUCGACUACUGGGGUAACUCACACCAGAUCAUGCACCUGCUCAGCGUGGGCUCCAUCCUCCAGCUGCACGCUGGCGUCGUGCCUGACCUGCUCUGGGCCGCCCACCACACCUGCCCCCCGGAUUGAGCCACCUCCCGCCUGCCGUGCGGGCCGGCCCAGUCUUCCAGGGCCAAGAGCACCAUGCUUCCCUCCUCGUGCUGCUCUGCGAGGGCCUGGCUCCCUGGAUGCUUCCAGCAAACAGGACUUCCCAACAGGGAUCCCUCAUCUGUUUACCCAUUCUUGCCUGUGGACUAGCCUCUUCUCCUCCUCACACCUUAGAGUUCCAGCUUCCCUUCUCUGGGCCUCAGUUUACCCUCUGUGAGUUGGGAUCCUGCCAGCCCAGAGCCAUCACCCCACCUGGCCCCUCCUGGGACCCUCAGAUAAGGUACCUCAUGGGUCCCUGGCCCAGCGUCUGGCCCAUGCUUCAUGCCCUCUGUCUUUCUGCCCAGCAUACCAGCCCUCCCAGCAGCCCAAGGCUUGCCUCCCUGUUCUCCCUUCUGCCCAGAGACUGUGGAGUGAGGGGUCUGGGCAACAGGACUAGCCUCUUAUCUCAGGAUCAAGUGGCAGGAGGGCGGCUGCUGAUGCUUUUUCCAGGCAACUGGCACAGAGACACAGAGAGCUGAGUGGCCCUGGACCCAGGCCCUGCUGAGCUAAGGGCCCACCCUCUUCUUUGACAGCUUGACCUGCUCACCAGGGACAUACCUGCUCAAGAAAUCUCUGCUCCACACCAUGUGGGGCUCCCAGCUCCAGUCUGCGGGCCUGGGGCUGGGGGGCUUGCAGGAGAGCUCAGCCUCAACCCAUCCCGGGGGCCUCAGAUCCUGGGCGAUGUCAAUAAAAGGGGCAGGAAGUGCUGUGUUGCCAUGCAAGUGAGCUGGGGUGCUCCCGAGAU